AUGUCCACCACAAUCCCCACCACCAGCGGCACGCAGCCCCUGGACCCCUACAAAGCCAAAUCCCUCGACGAGGACAUCCCACUCUCUCAAAAGAUCACCGACCUGUCCACCUUCAUCACAGAACAGAAAUUCGGCAUGUUGACGACAAAGUCCUCGGACGAUGAUCUGCUCACGAGUCGGUGUAUGGCUCUUGCUGGGAAGGAAAAAGGCGACACGACCCUAAUCUUCCACACGAACCUCUUCAGCCACAAAACCAUGGACCUAACCGCCCACCCCACCGAGACCAACAUGUCCUUCCUGGACCCCAUCAGCGGGUCCUGGGCAUCUAUCUCCGGCACGGCGAGUAUCGUGGCGGAUAAGGAGACCGUCAAGAAGUAUUAUUCGCCGGCGUUGCAGGCGUGGCUGGGUGAUUUGGGCGAUGGAGUGCAUGAUGGUGGGCCGGAGGAUCCGCGGAUCGGGGUGAUUAAGCUGGAGGCGAAGACGGCAGUGUAUGCGGUGUCGAGGAAGGGGGUUAUUGGACGGGCCGUGGAGACGGUGAAGAGUGUGGCCAGGGGGGAUGUGCCGGCUGUUAAUAGUAUUAGGGAGGUGGGGAGGGCCGAGUUUGAUGAGUGGAGACGGACGCAUCCUGAGUAA